CCGCCGUUCCCCCCGGCCGUUUUAGGUGCACAACUUAUCAAAGAUGGGCCGACUAUUCUACAAGAGCGAUAAUGAGUCUUGAGCAACUGCGAGCGUUUGAUCGUCAUAGACGCGUACUCGGCCGCCGAAGCGGCCAUCGAUGGGCACUGCGAGGGGAAACGGUAGUGAACGGAGUCAGACUGUCAAUUGGCUGAUAAACUUGGACCAAGCUAUGUACUGAUGGCAUGAUGAACUAACCGCAGUCCUCCGCAGUUGAAACUAUGCAACUGAUCAAUAAUCUCCCUUCCUGCCGCAGACACUGCGUAAUAACUGUUUGUCUCAGUCAGGUUGUCUUUUAAAAGCGGUACAUUUCCUAGACUAUAUAGAGCACUUCAGCUUCCUACGAUCCACCCACUAACAGAUCUAUAUUCCACCUACCACCCAGUAUGACUAUUGCUACUACCUCGCUUGGCGGUACUGCAUCUAACAUCACCAUUGGCAAAGUGGCUGUAUGUAUGCUACUCCUCUUUCUAAAAUGGACACCCAAACCAGUCCCAGACGAACAGUGUUUUGAGGCCAUCAAGGCUGGCGUGGACGCACUUCCACCCGGCACAAAGAUGUUCAUCAACGGAGGGGAAUUCUACGGGCAAAAUUUAUCAACCACGAACCUUGAGAUGAUCGCUAGGUUUUUCGAGAAGUACCCCGACUACGCAGACAAGACUUCUUUUGGCGGAGUACCAGCACCCGAUGGCUCGCCCGCCAACUUGAGACGAAGUGUGGAGCUUAUCAACGAGAAGCUUCGCGGCACCAAGCGCCUUGAUCUGUUCCAGAGCGCACGCGUAGACCCCAAGGUUUCUUUGGAAGAAUCGAUCCGGGCACUGGUUGAGCUCAAGAAGGAAGGUAAACUAGACCAUAUUGGCAUGUCCGAAUGCAGCGCAGAUUCUCUGCGGCGUGGUAAUGCGGUACACCCCAUUGCUGCUGUCGAGAUCGAGGUCAGCCCAUGGGCAUACGAAGAGGAGGGCAAGAAAGUCAUUGCGACCGCUGAGGAGCUGGGAAUUGCUGUGAUCGCGUACUCCCCGCUUGGUCGUGGAUUUUUAACUGGUCAGAUCAAGAGACUUGGGGAUAUUCCGGAGGGAGAUGUCCGCCGCACCCUGCCCCGUUUCCAAGAGGAUAACUUCAAACACAAUUUUGCCAUCGUAGAUGCAUUGACUGCAAUCGCGAAGAGGAAGAACGUGACCUCUGCUCAACUCAGCAUCGCUUGGGUUGCGUCCCUAGGCAAGCAUGUCAUCCCCUUGCCAGGUUCCUCGCAUGCUAAGCGCACUCUCGAGAAUUGUGCUGGAGGAGACGUCGAGUUGUCUGCGGAAGACCUCGAAGAAAUUAACAGUGUUAUUAGCACUGCCGAAGUCAGGGGUGCUAGGUAUCCCCAUCAGGCGCUCCUCUGGGGUUAGAUGGCUUCCUCAUCCUUGAACGUAAAUUGUGAAAUGUGUACUUUUAUUAGCCUUUCGUGAUCAAUAUUUUGAUAUCGCUCAUGCGCAUAUUCCUCGUUGUCCUACUGGCGUUAAGUGGUUCCAAGCAGCAAUUCAUUCACACAUUUGAUACAACGAA